AUGGCGUACCCGGACCAGGACUGCUAUCAGGUUAACCAAGUAGCUAAAUACGGGCCCGUUUUUGGGGACUACGCUCUGGACCGCAAACAAAUUAGCAUAACCGACCCGGAACUGAUCAAGGACAUUUUUAUAAAAGAUUUUCACGUAUUCGCAGACCACCGACGUUGGCAUACGGGUAGCUCUACAGUGAACAUGAUCUUGUUUUUUAUGCCCGGUAACGAUGACUGGAAACGGGUCCGAUCGGCGAUCUCACCGGUGUUUACAGCGAGUAAAUUACGGUCAAUGAUGGCCUCUACUACCGAUAUAUCCGAUCGGUUGGUCGAGUGUUUGGCACAGUUUGAGCAAAAAGGUGAAAUUAUAGAUAUAUACAAAUACGUGGGCGGCUUUGCGAUGGAUGUGCUCAGCGCCAGUGCUUUCGGCAUAAAUGCCGAGUCAAUCUCUAAUCCGGAUAAUCCCAUAAUAACUAACGCUAAAAAAGCAUUUGCAUUUAAUUACGGGUUUGGCAUAAUUAUGUCGAUUCUGUGGCCCCGUAUGGCCCGACUGUUACGGUGCGAACCCUUUGACAUUCAGGCCAUUCAAUACUUUGAAACACUCGCCAAACGUCUGAUCGAUGACAGAAAGGCUCGGAUUAAUACUGAUAGAACUAAAUUUUAUAAAGAUUUCCUGCAAAUAAUGCUUGACUCGGAGAUUAGCGUCGAUCAAACGAACACGAACUAUGACUUAGUAGAUAAAGAUUCAGAUGAGACAUUUGGCAAUCCUAUGGCUAAUAAUAAUACGUUGAUUAAAGGCACGCUAACCACCGAUGAGCUGUCGGCACAGGCCUUGCAAUUCCUGAUCGCCGGUUACGACACGACAUCCGCUGCCAUAACACACGCCCUGUACUACUUGUCUCAACACAAAGACUGUCAGCAAAUACUAUACGAAGAGUUGCAAAGUUGUGAUGAGUUUACGUACGAAAAGUUAUCGCAACUGAAAUACUUGAACGCAGUUAUCAAUGAAACACUACGUCUCGCGCCUUCGCUAACACGUAUACAACGGGAAUGCGUUCAGGACUACAAACUGGGAAAUACGGGUAUUACAAUACUAAAGGGAACAUCAGUUGAAAUAUUAUCUUACGCUUUGCACCGACAGCCAGACCUGUGGCCCAACCCUAACGACUUCAUACCCGACCGUUUCAUAAACCCCACACACCAUCCCUACGCUUACAUACCCUUUGGUGGCGGACCCCGAGUAUGCAUUGGACAGAGGUUUGCUAUGCAAGAGAUGCGAAUGUGCCUGGCUAAAUUGGUCAACAAGUUUGAGUUGAAUCUAACUCAAUCAACUAAAAAACAUGUUAUAACAGCUUAUAGAGAGCAGUCGCAUUUGUUUUUGAUGCCAUUCAUCCUCGGAUUACUCCCCGACGGCGACAUGUCCACCACUCCGUCCGGAUCAGAGCCGCCGAUGGCCACAUCAUCGACAACAACAACAACACAUGCCAACCACGCCGACGCUCAACAGUUUUUGCCCGAUUUGGCCAUUAAUGCCAUUGCCGACAAAGUCGAAGCGCUCCUCACUUCGCCCGGCACCCUCAAGAAAGCGAUUAAGGUUGGUGUUAUGGCCGAGAUGUCCGCCCUUCGGGAGAUAGCGGCCGAUAUCCGGUCCAAAAUGGCGUCAUUUUCCGGCUCAUUGAACGUUGACGUUGACGUUCAAUCCAACACAGCGUUUAGCGUUCCAUCGAACGUUGAAUCUCUUCUUAAGUCACUUAUCGCUGGACAAGAGAGCAUACGUAAAGACGUUGAUUCACUGAAAAAGAAGACGUUCGCCGGGGUUGUCGCUAAUAAUUUGUCGUCGACGUCAGACAAACACAACGUCUCACCAAACAAGUCCACCCCGACGUUCAUCUCAACACCUAUACCAUUGCGUCCAACGUUCUCACUCGAGUUUGAAACAGAAAGAGAGCGAGAUAUUAUUAUUAAAGAAAUCAAUGAAAAGUCGGACGUUCUGACGUCUGAACCAUCUAAAAAGAAACGGCCGCUGAUUGAACUCAAAGGAGUACUCAAAGACGUCACGGAAGAAGAGCUCAUCAAAUCAAUUAUUGAUCAGAACUCGAACGUUGAGUUGGCGAUCGGCAAUGACUUUAGAGAAGAACACUUGAAAGUACGUUUCAGACGCAAGAAUCGCAACGACCGUCUCAUCAACUAUGUGAUCGAAGUCUCACCAAAAACGUCAAACGUCAAGUAUGGUAAACAGGAGCAGACGUCGCACGCUGCGACGUCGAAGUAUUGUCCGCACGUUCAGAAAAUGCAAAUGAGAGCCACUGAAAUGACCGACUAUGUCUAUGGCUUUGAAUUAAUUAACUGUGGAAACACACCGACGUUUGACACAAUACGUGGUCAUCAACGUCUCAUGUCUGUCGUUGACCUGACGUUGGCCUCGAACGCCGCUCUACCAAACGUCCGAAACUGGAGGGUCGAACAAGAAAUUAUAGUUAAUAGUGAUCACAACCCAAUUUUAUUUGACAUCAAUCUCGGAGAAGAGCUAAUGACAACCGACACGUUAUCGACGUUUAAGUAUAGGAGUGAAAAGGCCGAUUGGGACACAUUCACUGAAGUGUGCAAUAAAGGACUUUUGGAUGGUGACGUCAAUAUAUUAUCGGUAGAGUCUAUCACAGACGUCGGAACAUUGGAUGUUCUAGUCGGGCGUUUGACCGAUGCCAUUAAUGCCGCGUGCGCUGCGUCAAUGCCUUUGAGAAAGCGAGGCAAAAAGAUCUGUCCCUGGUGGACGUUAGAACUUGAAGAUAAAAAGCGUGAAGUUCAACGUUUGCGACGUCGGCUCCGGAACGCAAUAAACACACCCCCUACAGAAGCUAUUAAUGAAUACAAGAAGUGCAAAGAAGAGUACGCACAACUCAUAUCUGAUGAAUCAAUUAAGAGUUGGAAGGAAUACGUUGGACGCCAAGGAAAGGACAACGUCUGGUCCAACGUCUAUCGCAUUCUUAAAGACUCUCCCACUCCCCGCCCACCGACAACACUAUUAAUCAACGGAAACUACACAACAGAUGCUAAGACCACAGCCACAGCUUUACUAAACCAUUUCUACCCUGACGAUACGUUAAGUAAUGAAACACAACAACAAACCGAAGUUCGACGUUCGUCAUCAAUACUAAACGCGGACGCCACGGACGACGUUAUGUUCACUUAUGAUGAAAUACUCGAAGUGUUUGAUCUAAGAAUACGCGAACUUUCAAUGAUUGACGACGUCAAGACUACAGGCAUUUCACAACACAUACCAUCGGAUUCUGAAUAUCAAGGACGUGUAGACUUCCGAACGUUGGAACAUCCGGCAAAUCGUAUAACAGUUUCACACAAUGACGUUCAGACGUCGGACGCCGCCAAUGAUUUGGAAAGAGAUGUAGACAUUUCAAUAUAUACGGAUGGCAGUAAGCUGAACGGCAAAGUCGGUAGUGCGUUCGUGGUCUACGAGAACAGCAACAAAACCUCACAUCAUACUCAGAAACUCGGAAACGAUUGCUCUGUUUUUCAGGCCGAGCUGAUAGCUAUUAACGCCGCACUUCAAUACACGCUCAAACGUCAGACGUCAUCAAUUAGAAUAUUUUCGGAUUCAAAGUCGGCGCUUCAAGCGCUC